AUGCCAGCGUCCUUGGUCUUCAACAGCACUGUUCUAAACAACAAGAUUGAAGUCUGUUGUGACAGAGCGAUCAGACCGCAUACCCCUCGCUCAGCAGCUUCAAGUAGCGUUUUCAGCACACCCUCAGUGGGUGCUCUGUCUACGACAAACGCCAUCAACAAUCCAGCUUCAGGGCCAAUUUCAGACCUUACACGCACAUCUCCUGUGAUACCUUGGCGACCCUUCAAGAAACCCAUGAUCCCACGUGCAGCCCAGGCCGAAACGUCGAACCUGCGGUCUUUGACACACUUCUUGAAGUAUACUGGACCAGAAGAUCCUCGAGCGACCCGAGCAGAGGAUGUUCCAAACACCCCAGCAAUCACUCUCCCUGCAGCAGAUCAUGCAAGCGUACCCAACAGACGCACUGGAUCGGUACGACAAGCUCUACUCCAAGUCUCAGGGCAGGCAGACAUGAGUAACCUUCUUCGAAAAGCUUCGACCUUGACACUCAAGAAGUAA